CCCGCGAACCGCCGCGAGUGAACCCUAUCCCACCCGCCCGCUCCCCGAGGCCGCGGAUGGAUCCCCCGCCGACGGCGGCCGCGAGGGAGGCGGAGGAGGACCUCCUGGAGGUGCGGUGCGCCGGGUGCGGGGAGACGCUGGAGGUGGAGCGCGGGCUGGCGGAGUUCGCCUGCCCGGACUGCGCCACGCCGCAGGCGCUCCCGCCGGAGCUCAUGCCGCCGCCGAGGCGCCGCCGCGCGCUGCCCCUGCCCCCUUCCGCGCCGGCGGGCGCGAGGCUGCCAUGCGGGUCCUGCGGGGCGAUGCUCGACGUGCGGCCGGGGCUCGCGCGCUGCGGCUGCCCGGUCUGCGGCGCCGAGCUCGCCGUCGACCCCGCGCGCCUCCGCCGGUACCUCCUGUCCGCCGCCGCCGCGCCGCUCGUGCCGGUCUCGCUGCCGCCGGUCUUCCGGGCCCUGGAGGGACGGCAAGACUAUCCUGAUUCUUCAGUUGGUCUGGGACAUAUUCAAGGGGAUCCAAAUAAUCAACUGGGACAUUUAGAGCGAUCACAGGCCAGACGUCAAACUACGCAGCCAUUUGUGGAGUUUUCUGAUUCUGGCACUGAUAGUGAUGAUAUAAAUACUGAAAUGUCAAAUGAGAUUAAUGAAAUGCCCUGGCAUAGGAAUGGAUUCCCGGUUGAGGUUAGAUCUGUCGGUGCAAAGGGGAGACAAGAAACUUUGAACCGUGUCACAUGUCAGGCACAUGCGCAACAAUCCGAUCAUUCAGUUCAUGCAGAACAUCCUUCAGACCAUACAAUUGAUGUCAGGGAGGCACAAAAUGUGUCUGCUAGUCAUGCAAUUCACAGAGGUCCGGGGCAUGUUGAGCCGGUUAAGGAGAGAACUGUUGUAAGGCACACCAAUCAGGUAACUGGUACUGCUAUUGGCCCUAAAUCUGUAAGUGUGGAGAAGAGGCAGGUUCAAACACCGAAACAGAUCACACAGGACAGACAGCAAAAGACCAGACCUCCGAAACUACUUAGUCCUAUUGAACAAGACCCAGAACACUCCAAUGAUAAUAUUCAGAUAGAGCAGGAUGAAGCUGCCAUGGGUCAGGUGACUGCAAGAUUGGCUUGUAAGGGCACAAAGAGGAAUUUGACAACUUCAAAUAAAUGGUUUGGUCAUAGGCGUAGUAAGCGUUUAGCCAAACAAUCAGCUGCCACUACAUACUACGAAUCUCCUGCUAAUGAAUCUGAGGAAAAAGCUCCAAGUCAAACUAUAUCUGAUUCUCAAGACAUUGACGGAGUCAACAAUGAUAUUUCCUCUAGUUCAUCGCCUCAGCACAACAUGCCUCAUAGAAGAUCCAAUGAGGCAGAUGAGCUGCAUGCUACAACACAGUCAGCUUCAAUUCCUGAUAUGUCUGAUCCUGAAAGUUUUGCAUGUUAUUACAGUAAAAAAUACCCUCCAGAGGUUAGAAGAGCUCUUGAAAGGAAUCCUAAUUUCGGGCAUGCUGUUUUUGCAGGUGGCAAGGAAAAGAGAAAACGUGGUGGCCGUGGUCCUUCACUCUGCCUUAAAGUCUGGGCCAUGCCUGAGGGUGUAAGGAUUCGAGUGUCCUUUAAUGAUCUAGGCCAACCCAUCGGAGACGAAGCACGCACGUUGAGUAGCUUUCUGGGACAAAUCGCUCGUGAUGGAACAGUGGCACCUCUGACGUAUACAGAUUGGAGGUUUUUUCCGGAGAAAAACAAGAAAGCAAUUAUGCAUUUAGUUAAUCUCAAGUUUGUGCUCCCUCCAAUUGGUCAAAUCUGGUCUAUGAAUGCUUUGGGAAAAAAGUGGAAGGACUGGAAAGGUGUCUUAAAACAUGACCGAUAUGAUGUCCAUGAGACAGAUGAGGAUCGGCUUGCGGAUCGAGAUUUCCGUGUCCCAGAAGAACAAUGGAAACUCCUUGUGGCAUAUUGGGGCACUGAGAAGGCCAAGGCUGCAAGUGCUCGAUGUAAAGCUUCUCAAGAACAACAUCCUCAAGAUAGACAUCCUAGAAUUGGAUCGAAGAGUUACGCACGGAUACAUGAGGAAGAGAGGCAGAAGCGACUAAACAUGGCGGAACCAAGCUGCGCAGAUAUAUCCAUACCGAGUCAUACUCCCAAAGAUGGUGGCUCUGCCAAAGUCGUCGGUCCAGACCAGUGAACUUGUGGACGUGUGCUCUUUACCAGUGAGAUUUGUGGAAAGGUGGGUGCUAAGGUGUCUCAGGCAAGCUCAAGAGGCUGAACUAAAGGCUUAGGACCCAGACGUGCUUUGGAAGAGGAUACUGGAAGUGGAAGAAAAUUGUAGGAUCUUGUUGUGGUCUUCACCUAUUGCCAGCUGACUGUUAUUUGAAUCUUGGGACUAGGGAUCUAUGGAUGUAGCUUCCUUAACAUCUAGCGUUGGCACUAUGCAAUAUUCACUAGCUAGUAGAUAGAUAAUACUACUGAUAUUAUUGCAUCUUUUGCUACUUCUCGUUCUGUAGUUACUGUGAUUACUACUAUUUGUUUAGGUGCAACCUAACGUGUCCAGCAUCUCCAGUCAGGCACUCUUGCUAACUUGUUUCAUUUUUUCCCUUUACAGACUGCAACUAACGAUAUUCCCAGUCUUGGGCCUGUUUGGCAUGGCACGGGUAACGAACCGGGCCGGGACGUUCCAUGACACUCGUGGUAAAUAACUGAGCAGUCUGGCGGGAAACACUUUUUUUUUGAGAAACAGUUUCCAUUAACUCACAAAUAAAGUACAUAUAUUGAGGAGAAGAUGAGAUACCCCAUUCGAAAUGAUCCAGAACAUCCUUCACAUUACAUGAUGGGAGAUGCGCCAACGCCUGGCAAGAAAAGAGACAAGUAUCUUGGAUGGUAGCGUGCCUAGCUCGCUUAGCAAGAGUGCCUGCAAUCGUGUUUGCUUCUCUUCUAAUCUUGUUUACAGAGAACUGCUUUGUUCCUGUAAUAGCUUCAAAUUCCGCAAGAACAGGCCGUAGCGACCAGUGUCCAGGUUGUACGGGAGAUGAUCUUGCUUGGGACGUAGAGGCUACGACCUGGUUGUCAGUGUGCAGCGUAGCAUCCUGCAAGUUCAAAGCAACAGCCAGUCUAGCACCAAGAAGGAGGGCAUGAGCUUCAGCCUCCAAGAGUUCCAAGAUCGGUGGUGUUGCUACCUGAAAAAAAAGAUGCAGAGGAGAGACUACAAGCAGGUUGUGUCAGAAUAAGGAUUAUGCCUGUCUGAUUGCGUCCUGGAGUAGAAUUUUGUAGACCAAUAGAAGCAUCACAAAAAAUUCUUGUUCCUUCCUGCAUGCACAUGUUAGUAGCACCAGCAUUGACACAGUUGCAUUAGAGAUAAUUA